AUGGAGGACCAAAGUGGUAGUGGUGGCCAGCGGGCGUCUCUAGAGGCGCUGAUACAGGAAGCCAUGGCACCACUUCACGCACGGAUCGCCGAGCUUACAGCAGAGCUCGAACGGCGAAGCGGUGGCGAAACGCCACCUAGCAGCUUCGCCGGGAGAUCCGGAACGGGGCCGUUAUCUCCGCAAGGAAAUGCCCCGGAAGCCACGGCGACCGCCCACCGAGCAGUGGGCGGGGAGCUGCCGAGGCGGAAGCCACUCACGAACCCACCGAAGUUCUCGGGUAAGAGGCGUGAGUACCCUGCUUGGGCACAGCAGAUGAGGGACGAGAUCGAGUACGAUCGUGCGUUCUACCAAAGUGGCGCGGAAGUCUGGUAUCUCAUCAACUCGUGCCUGGACGUCAACCCACAACAGGUUGUGGCUACGUUCUACGCCCUAGGGGGGGCGGGAGGUCGGCGAGACCCUAGCGACUUUAUGGCGUACCUCGACCGAACCUAUAAGGACCCCAACAUUCAGCCCCGAGCUGCUUCUCUAAUCCAUACGAUGCGACAGAAAGAUAACGAGUCUCUAAUGACCUUUCUCCCGAAGUUCGAGCGAACCCUCGCCGACGCAGGCGGCGCCGCCUGGCCCGACGCCGUACAGAUCAACCUACUUGAACAGUCCCUUUCGCCCCGUCUUCGGGACUACCUCAUCACCGUGUCGCUACCAGACACCUACCCUGAGUGGCUAUCUCGCGUACAGGAGGUAGCCUGGAAGCUCGAACGAACCCAGACCGGCCCCCGAUCACGUCACGAGAAGGCGCCAACUCCCCGUUGGGACGCCGAUGGCGAUAUCAAGAUGACUGGAGCCGUCAAGGUUAGAGCGACUACUAAGCCUACGACUGAAGCUAGUAGUAGCUCGAGCGACGAGGAUACUCGUCGAUGCUACGCAUGUAAUAAGAAGGGGCAUAUUAGGAGGAACUGCCCGAGGGGGUAG